CGUGCGUCUUUCAUGUGAAGAUUCAGGCGUGACGUAUAAUCCAGUGGACGGGACCGGAUAACAACAACACGGUUACGGAUUCGACCACAUUGGUAGCUCCCAAGCGACAUAAAACCGAAACAUUGGAGCUCUUUGGACCGUUAUGUGUGUUAUAGACAUCAGUGUUUUAAACACGCUGUCUGCGUAUAAAGUUAUUCCAUUUCACACUGACGCUGUUAGUCAGCUAGCUGGAUAAAAUAGCCUAGCACUAGGCUAGUCGAUCAUGCGAAUGAGCUAACAUCUCAGGACAUGAACUCACUAAAUUACUCCCACCCUGCUAAAGAAGAAGCUCGUGGCCUGAACGUUGUCGUGGCAGAGGAAGAGGAGGACAAAUAAGCGUUAGGAAAGAAAGAAGAGAAGAAGGCUAUCACAUUGAAAUAAGAAGAAGAAGGUAUUGGAUUAAAUGAGGCGAUGUACGUUACAGGGAAAGAAGUGGAGAAAGAAGAAGACGCCGUUUUUAGAGUGAAGGAGGAGAUUACUGUCACAGUGAAAGGAGAGGAAGAAGGUUUCGGGGUGAAAGAGGAGGAGACGUACAUGACUGUCACAAUGAAAGGAGAGGAAGAAGGUUUCGGGGUGAAAGAGGAGGAGAAGUACAUGACUGUCACAGUGAAAGGAGAGGAAGAAGAGCAUGUUUUAGUGAAGGAAGAAGAGCAUGUUUUAGUGAAGGAAGAAGAGGAUGUCUUUGGAGUGAAAGAGGAGGAAGAUGCUAUGAGAGUGAAAGAUGAGGGGGAUGAUGAUGAUGAAGAGGAGGGGGAGACUGGAGAUCUGAUUAACACCAAAGAGAGGCCAGACUCUCAGUCUGACGGCAGGAAGAGUCCUUUGGGGGAACCAGACCCAGAGACGCCCAAACCAGCAAGACCACACCACUGCUCCCAGUGUGGAAAGAGUUUUUCCCGGUUAUGGGACCGGAAAAUACAUGAGAGAAUACACUCUGGAGUGAAGCCUUACCACUGCUCAGACUGUGGAAAGAGAUUUACCCAGCUAGGGCACCUGAAAGAACAUAAGAGAACACACACUGGUGAGAAGCCCUACCAAUGCUCCCAGUGUGGAAAGAGUUUUAACCAGUUAGGGGCCCUGAAAACGCAUGAGAGAAUACACACAGGAGAAAAGCCCUACCAAUGCUCCCAAUGUGAAAAGAGAUUUACCCAGUUAGGUACCCUGAAAGAGCAUGAAUUAAAACACACAAAGACACAGGAGAAGACAUACCACUGCUCUCAUUGUGGGAAGACAUUUUCCAGGUCAGAGGACCUGAAAUCACAUGAGAGAAUAGCGAGGCUGUGUUCCGACUUAUGUUUUUGACUGAGAUUUUUUUUUUGUCUUUGUUCAUGCUAGAUGCUGUUCAUCACGUUUGCCGCUUGCUGACUGAUAAUUUUUUUUUAAAAGAGAGCGCUCGUAGACCUUGUCCCGUUGGGACGUAGACAGUUCCGGAAGACAAAUUAAUAAUGUCAGUCAUAAGUAUUUUACAGUUCUUCCAGGGGGGGCGGUAACUGUCAGUGUAGUUGACCUCUGAUUCGUCGAGCUUCAUGUCAGUCAUCAGUAUUUUGCAGUUCUUACAGAGCGGGCGGUAACUGUCAGUGUAGUUGACCUCUGAUUCGUCGAGCUUCAUGUCAGUCAUCAGUAUUUUGCAGUUCUUACAGAGCGGGCGGUAACUGUCAGUGUAGUUGACCUCUGAUUCGUCGAGCUUCAUGUCAGUCAUUCCCACUUCGGUCCACGUGUGUGAAAGAAGGUGUGGUUGGUUGCAUUUUUACAAAGGCCCUGAUCUAUUUUCCACUUAUAUGGUCUUAUGAUCAAUCACAUCAGAUAUUGUUUUUCAGAGCUGAUCUAAGUGGUCAAAAGACCAAUUGGUGGAUUUAUGUUUUUAGAAUUUAGAAUUUAGAAUUCUGAGUAAGAUUCUGUUAAUAAAUAAUGCCAUCCAUAAA